GAUCAACACCCCGCCCACAUUCAUAAGGGCCGAAGUCCUCUCCCGGAGGGCAAUUUGCUGUCGGCACGGAGGCCAUAUUUGCCCUUUCUAGACGACUUCGAAAUACUUGAUGCGGUCAAGUCCAUGGAACGAUCGUGAGCAUGCUGUCAGGUAUAGCGACCGGCUUUUCCCAAAGGGGGAGUUCCGGCGCACAAAAAAGUUGUUCCUACCUAUGUGGACUUACGUAUGGGGACGCUUGGGGAUGACGCUUGGGGGAGGCGUUUGGACUCGUGUGAUUAAGUCGUACAAGUACAAGCCUACAAGGUACCUCGCAUCGGUCUCUGCCAGGGAAGAACGGCCUUUCGCACCAGCUUGUCAGCUGUAUCCAAACAGCGCGCAGUAACACCGUAGCGUCCUUUGCAUGGGACCCUAUGUUUCCUGCAAUUGUUGUAACUAACUACGAGUAAUUGUGGCGUGUAAUGGGU